AUGGGUCUGUCGACUGUAUUGAAAUGCUGUUACAGAACGAUGAAAGUUUUGUAUGAUAAAUUGCAGCCAAUUGUAAUGCGGAUGCAAGAAUCUCCCGCAGAAUGGAAAGAAAUUUCUGACGAAUUUGAAAGGGAGUGGCAAUUUCCUCAUGUUUGGGGAGCGAUGGACGGAAAACAUGUCGUUAUGCAGGCUCAACUGAACAGCGGUUCCUCUUUCUUCAAUUACAAAGGAAGACACAGCAUAAUUUUAUUGGCGGUUUGCGACGCACAAUAUAAAUUUAUCGCCGUAGACGUUGGAGCAAGAGGCAUAGAGAGUGAUGGUGGAGUUCUAGGAAAAAGAAUCGGUGCUAAAAGUCUCAAUCUACCGCCUCCAUCAGAAAUUUGUCAUGGAGGUCCAAUUUUGCCAUUCUUCUGUCUGGCAGACGCAGCUUUUCACCUUCAUGAAAACAUAAUGCGUUCUUAUCCAGGACGCUCCACUGGUAUAAUGCCAUUAGGCCAGCAGAUUUUUAAUUACAGUAGAGGAAGUAGAGGAAGACGAACAAUUGAAAAUGCGUAUGGAAUUAUGUGCUCGCAGUGGAGAAUUUUUCGAUUGACAAUCCAUGCCACCACAGAACAUAUAAAAUUGAUUGUCUUACCGGCUGUUGUGCUACACAAUUAUCUUCGGAAAAAAGAAGAGGACUGUCCGGAGGAUCAUGCAAGGAAUUAUUGCCCCAUUAACUUCUGUGACCGAAUUAAUGAGAAUGGAAUAGAAGUUGCAGAGAGUGGAGACGCGACAUCCAAAUGGAUGCACUUGUUCCCCUUCCUCGUGUGA